AUGGCGAGGUUUCGGCCCGUGGACCCAUCAGCUCCUCUCAGGAGGGACCGACAGCCAAUGCAGAAGAACAACGGCGCCGCCAUGGCAAUAAACCGAUUUGCAGAAGACCCGUGGGCGAUGAUUCAUGGCAGUGAUGUGUCUCCAAAAUCGAUGGCCAUAUCCUCGUGCGCUGUUGAAGCCACCAUCAAGCAGAACGAAACAGAGGAGGCUAUCGCUUUGCCAACACCCAUCGGCUGUUGGAAGGUCAUCUCGCCUGAUGGCCGUGAAGAGCGUGUCUUCAAGCCCAUCCCUGGCUUCGAACAUUUGUUUAACAGUCCAGCACAGUCGCAGGGAGUGCCCCGUCUGGAAAGUUCGCCUAAACCCGUCGCAACGCCAGCCUACCAGACAUCCAUAGCCCAAGUACCGGCUAUACCGAAAGAGAACCAAGUAAAGAAGCGCAAGAGGACUCAGUCCCGUCCUCGAGCACGUCCACUGCAGGCCAUCGUUCAACAGCUUAGUGACGAAGAUGACGACGAACAGUACGACGACGACAGAGAUAUCAUCGUACCGACUGGGAAGUCUUACACCUUCUACAUUGGCGAUGUGGACGAGUUGAAGCGCUUCUUCCGCCGACGAUUGGACGAACUCACCAUGAAGCCAGUGCGACCCAUUGUCACGGCUUGGGUCAAGCUACUGGAGCCUAAGCGGCUAACCCGAUUUGGACCCUACCACAAGAAGUUGCCCAGAGAACAGCCCCCACAGUGCACCCCGCCUUGGUGGCCCCAAGAUGUGCCCUAUGAAGAACCCUCACAUCUGGACAAGGCUGGCCUCUUGACAUUAGCAGUCGAUCUUAUGCUCCAGCACCGCAAUAUCGACGUGGUCAAGCGUACUUUGGGCUGGACCACCAAGCUAAGGAAAGCAGCACGCUAUGCCGUAGAGACAACACCGCCGGACCAAUUCUCCUCGUCGAAAGGAUCUGCCUUUAGUGAGAAAAUGCAAGCGCGAGCCCUGUCCGAGAUCUUACCAAACCUCUUCGACAUCACGCUAUCAUACGAGGAACAUCUUGCGACAUAUAACCUCUAUGAAGGUUCGAACCAUCAGGAUCCUGGUAUAGGAACGUGUGUGACCUGGCAGCCACUUACGAGACCGACCCGCCAGCCUUCUGCACCUAGGAAGCGCCUUCGACAGACGAAGGCCACUCCAAUUCCAAGGGUAGAGUAUGAUGCCGAUGGGUCUGGCCACGAGACCGAGGUUGAUAAUACCACAACCGAAUCGCAUCUGCGAUGGGAAAGAAAGGCUGAGGAGCUGCGACAACAGGUGCAAGCUUCGCAACCACAACAUAUGCGCCCACACAACUCUAUCACGACGCCCAACACUUCCUUUGGUCAGCCGAUGUACGCUCUUCAUCUGGGUGACGACAUGGAUUUAGACGCUAAGGUGGCCGACCACACACCGUACCCCGAUCAAACCCCAGGCCACAGUGACUUCCACAGUGGUCAGCCAAUGCAGUAUUAUACUAGUCACUCAGGAUACCAUCAUGUACCACAACCUCAACAGUGUGUUAGCUCAUCCGGUGUGGCUUCAGUGUCCGCACCAGGAUACGACCAGCCGUUCUCCAUGUUUCCCACAUCAUAUCACCCUCAAGUUGAAGACAUGGCCUUCAGCAGCAACGCUGGGCUUCCCUACGAAUAUGACAUGUUCGUCCCGUCAUUCUUCGAGGGCUUACCGGAUUUGAAUAGCAUUCGCUGUCAACCGGAAGCUUCUCACGAUUAA